AUGGAGCAUUUUGACAGAGAAAUAACGAUAUUUGAUGCAUUUUUUGUUCAUUUGGCGGAUUCCAAAUUUGUAGUGAAGGAAAAGCAAGAAAUUAGAAUCGAUGAGAAGACAUUUCAAUUGAACAAUUGGCCAGUAACUGAAGAGCAAGUUCAAUUAGUGAAUGCGUCUUGGUUAGGUGCUCUGUCUAUCAUUCGACCAGGUCGAAUUGAUCAUCCAUUGGUUGCGGCCAAUGCAGAAAGGUGGCACUCAGAGACCAAUUCCUUCCACUAUAACAUUCAAAUCGGUGAGAUGACACCAGCUAUAUUUGAUGUGUACAAGAUUUUAGGAUUGUUUGUGGAUGGUGAGCCUGUUACAUGCCGUCCUAUCAAUGACCUACGCAAGUUCAUAGAGGAUAAUUUGGGUAUAAUCCCCAUUGAAGUUGCAACAGUCCCAACAAGGUAUCUGCAAUUUGAAGAUAUUGAGCAAGCUAACAGAUAUGCAUGGGGUGCUGUAGCCCUCGCAUAUCUAUAUUGUUCGCUUGGAAAAGCUUAUACUUUCAAGCGAAGACAUUUCAGUGGUUUUGCCACUCUUAUGCAAGUAAUAUGGAAUCCGUACUUCAAGUCUGAUGAAGCAAUUUCAGAUGAUAGGCAUGAGGCAUUCGAAGCUGCAAUGUGCGUAAUCUUUGAUGAUAUUAUCGAGCCAUAUAUGUCAGAUCGUGUUUGUCGCCAAUUUGGAGCUAAGCAGGGCAUUCCAAGAAAUCAUUUCUCUGUUGGUAAGAGGUCCAGCAAAUAUGGUGAGCAGAGAGAUUGGCGAAAUGUCAAUUCUAACAAGAUUCAUCAUUGGUUAUCUUGCUAUGAUCACAUGAUGACAAACAUUGAAGUUAAUACUGUGAAUGGGUUGGCCUCACAGGAGUACAAGGCAUGGUACAACCGAGUGUCUCAUCCUAUCAUACACAAUGUCGCUAACCCACCUAUUGAUAUUUUGCAACAUCAUAACCAAGAAGAAGAAGAGGUGGUUCCUGCACAUGAAUCACAAUAUAUAAUAAGACCUCGAGGUUAUGAGGAUGAUUUGGUUAGUGCAGUUCAGGCUAGUACAACCAUAUUAUCAGAGGCACUUACACUUAGACAGAAGUGGUACCCUAAAGUAUAUAGUCACGUUAACGCGUUUGAAAUGUUGUCUAAGUUUGUGCCAGCUAACAUGGAAGAUAUGGAAGCCAUGAUGGAAUUGUUACAACGUGAAGUUAAUGAAGAAGCUAUACAAGAAGUAGUGGGUAAGAGUAGUUGA